AUGUCGACAAGGAUGACGAAAUCAGGCCUGCCGCCUCCGUCGCCGUCGACGACACUCACCAAUCCAAAACCCAUAAAGAACCACAUCGACCUCGCCGCCUAUGCCCAUGCCAAAAAAAAACCUCUGCCGCUGCCGCCACCGACGGUUUCUGGGUCGUCGCCUUCGUCUUCAACAACAAAUAGCGCAAAUGGCGGCACAAGUAGAAGUCCAAGAAACAGAACACCGGCGAAACCCUCCCCCGCCGUCUCCCCAUUAGACCAUUACCAUGAAACCCAAUCCGAAAUCACCGAUUACGGGUUCGGCCGAAGAUCCAUCGACACGGAUCCUCGAUUCUCCCUCGACGCCUCCCCACGAUACUCGUUCGAUAUUUUUUUGGGGCUGAGAAUU